CCGCUACUUAAAUCUUUUCACUCAGCCUUCCCUCCACAUCACAAUCCCGCGUCUACUGCUAGAUGAUAAUAACCCAUGGCUGGCUUUACUGAUACUCUUCGAGGGGAUGGGUUGGCUAGGGUUCAGAGAGCUCUAGCAGGAUUAGAGGGAGAUCCGCAGCGACUCGAUCGUGCGAGAAUACGGUUUAACAAUUCUCCACCACCAUAUACAUCAGAUCGAUCGGGUACGACAACUCGAUCUCAGAGUCCAAAUCCUCCCAGCGAGGAGCAGCGACGCCGUGAGGAGCGACGAAUACAGCUGGGACGGGAGGCUGAUGCGUCCCAACCACACGAACAAUUCUCAGCACAGGUAGAUGAAGAGAGGACGCGGAUUUGGAAUGCAGAUCCGCGUACGAGUUGGAGGAGCAUGCCUCCCGGAGAUACCUUGAUCAAAGAGGCCAGCGAAAUCGUCAAGAAGCGCUGGGUCGAGCAAGGCAUCUGGAACAGCAAAUGGAACCAGUUCGCUUAUGGGCGGUGGAAGCACGAAGAACCGCUUGAGCUUGAGUCGGAGACGGAGACGGACUCGGAAGCAGGACCCUCACCUCCUCUUUUUUCCUUUUUCCCAAAGCCGCAGAGGCAGCCGAAGAGCGAUGACGAAAAUCGACGGAUUGUAGAGCGUCGAGUAAUACGGAAGCGUGAACCACCUGCUAUACGUAUUUUUGGGUCUUCUUCUCCUGUUCAAUCAAAUCAUCGCCAGGUGUCUGGCGCCUCGAAUUCAUCUCAACAAGGACCGCCUGUAGACAUUGAUUCAGCCGGAUCAGAGAAUGGCGACGCCGAGCGCUCCUCCUCUACGUUGAAUUCACCUCCCCCUAGUUCGGGUAAACGGUUUCUUCAUCCUACGAUGGGGCAGGCAUUGCUGCCAAGUAAGAGAAAGGCCUCCUAUAAAGAUGGGCAGCCGGCAAACGCAUCCCUUGGCCCAGUCCAUUCAUCAAAGGUCUCAAAAGCCGCUGGAAAGAGAAAGGGGCCUCAACGGCGACUGAACAUCUCACAAAAGGUAUCCUCUGAUGGCUUGCCAUUGUCUUCUGGUGUGGAUGCAGCAGAACCGCAGCCCUCGCCUUCGCCUGACCGUAUAGCUCCGCGCAGAAGCAAACGGAUACAGCCCGCCUCAUCUACGAAUCCCUCUAAACGCGCAGUCCGAUCAAACCCAGAACGGAACGUUGCAAGCAGUCUGACAGCUAGAAGCUCCGCAAAGCCUUAGGGCAUAUCGAAGAAACAGCCUGCGAAGAUUACGCGGGGGAGGGAAAGGAAAAAUGAUCAAUUAGAUACCCAACGGAGCCUUUGUAUUUGAUGUGCUGUAGAAUUUGUUGUCACAAGCUUUAGUAGAGAGAACUAUCCCUAGACCUAAUAUCAAAAUCACAGUGAG